AUGCCUCCCGUCAAGGCUUCCGUCCUGCAUGCCGCCCGCGAGCUCCGUCUCGAGGAACGAGACCUCGCCGCGCCCGCUCCCGACGAGGUGCAGAUUGCCGUCCAGUCCACCGGCCUCUGCGGCUCCGACUUGCACUACUUCAACCACUUCCGCAAUGGCGACAUCCUCGUCCGCGAGCCCUUGACCCUCGGCCACGAGUCCAGCGGCACUGUCGUCGCAGCUGGCACCGCAGUCUCGGACCUGCGUCCUGGGGACCGCGUUGCCAUUGAGGUCGGCCUGCCCUGCGAGAGCUGCGAAUACUGCAGCCAGGGCCGUUACAACAUUUGCCGAGGCAUGCGCUUCCGCAGCUCGGCCAAGGCCGUCCCUCACUUCCAAGGCACGUUGCAAGAGAGGAUAAACCAUCCCGCGAGGUGGUGCCACAAACUUCCCGACGACCUCUCGCUCGACCUCGGCGCCGUCAUCGAGCCUCUCUCCGUCGCCAUGCACGCCCGCGACCGCGCCAACCUCCCCGAAGGCUCGACAGUCCUCGUCUUUGGCGCCGGCGCCGUUGGUCUGCUUGCCGCCGCCGUCAGCAAAGCAGCGCAUGCUUCCGCGGUGAUCAUCGCCGACAUCCAAAAGGACCGCGUCGACUUUGCCGUCGCAAACGGCUACGCGGAUGCUGGCGUCGUUGUGCCCAUGGCCCGCCCACAAACGAUCGAGGAGAAGCUGCUGUACGCCGCCGACGUUGCGGACAAGAUCAAAGCCACCGAGGUGCACGGCAGGCCCAUUGGCGAGGUGACGGCUGUGUACGAGUGCACCGGCGUGGAGACGUGCGUGCAGAGCUCCAUAUAUGCUGCCAAACCCGGCGGCAAGGUCAUGAUCAUCGGCAUGGGCACGCCCGUUCUCACGCUGCCCAUGUCGGCGGCCGCCCUGCGCGAGGUUGACCUCUUGGGCGUCUUCCGAUACGCCAACACGUACAAGCGCGCCAUCGACCUGUUGUCCAGCCCGCCGCCCGAGAUGCCGGACCUGAAGACGCUCGUGACGCAUCGCUACAAGGGCAUGGCCCUCAUCCCGGAUGCCUUUUCCAUGGCCGCCAGGGUCAAGGACGAGGAGGGCAAGCUGGUGCUCAAGGUGGUGGUUGACAUGAAGGAGUGA